UGCAAUAUUUGGUGAAACUUUGGAUAUCCAUACUGGAGGAAAAGAUUUAGCAUUUCCUCACCAUGACAAUGAGAUAGCUCAGUGUGAGGCCUGUUUUGAAAGUCAUCAAUGGACUAAUUAUUUCCUACACUCAGGUCAUUUACAUUUAGCUGAUGAUGUCAACAAGAUGUCCAAAUCACUGCAGAAUGUAGUUUCUAUUCAAGAGUUCAUGACCAUGUACACUGCAAACCAAUUCAGGAUUCUUUGUAUGAUGACAAAAUACAGCUCAGAUCUUGAAUACAGUCGUGACAUAAUGCAGCAAGCAGUAAGUAUCCAGAGGCAAGUGUUGUCGUUCCUGAACAAUGCUGAUGCUUACAUUCGUGGUCAAUUCAGCUGUCAACCAAUUAAUGAGACUU